AUGAGCAUACAGAAAUCGAAAGAAGACCUUGGCUCAGUCUCCAAUACAGGUGCAUCUAAUACAACUGCUACAACCACAAUGCCAUCAAUACGUCAGCGCAUGGCCCAAAAUUAUCUGUUGGUUUGGGUCGAUGCAAGCAUCGAUCAAACCAAUACGGAUUGUCAGAAUACGUUGACACAGCUUCGAGCUGUAAUUAACGAUGUUACUAUGUGCAGUCAAUCCAACGAAUGUAUCGAGUUUCUCGACAAAUUCAAGGGCGAAAAAGCUUUCGUUAUUACAUCGGGAUCACUUGGCCAACAUUUAGUUCCUGAAAUCCAUGGCAUGCCAAAUUUAGAUGCCAUUUACAUACUUUGUGGUAACAUAUCUUAUCAUCAACAAUGGACCAAGGAUUGGAACAAAAUUAAGGGUAUUCAUAAUAAUAUCAAGGACAUCUGUGAUGCCUUAAAAGGAAGUGUCAAACAAGUCAAUCAGGAUUCAAUUCCUAUUAGCUUUCUCACCGGAAAUGAAACGGUAUCCAUUGAAAACCUGAACCAACUGGAACCAAGUUACAUGUACACACAAACAUUCAAAGAUAUUCUCCUUGAAAUGGAACAUGAUCGAGAACAAGCCAUCAAGAUCUUAACGGGUUAUUGCCGCAAUCUUUAUUCUAACAAUAUUAAAGAAUUAAAGGUUAUUGAUGAAUUUAAAAGUAAUUAUCGCCCAGAACAAGCAAUUAGGUGGUAUACACGUGAGCGCUUUACGUAUCAAAUGCUCAAUAGAGCAUUUCGAACAUUGGAUGCCGAUACAAUUAUUAAUAUGGGAUUUUUUAUACAUGAUCUCCAUGAGCAAAUUGAUCAGUUGCAUCAGCAACAGCUUCCAUAUUGUCGUAGUAAACCUUUUACAGUUUACCGAGGAGAAGGUCUGUUGAAAACUGAUUUCGACAAACUCAAAGAAACAAAAGGUGGUCUCAUGUCGUUUAACAAUUUUUUAUCCACAAGUGCGAAACGAGAUGUUUCCCUCCGGUCUGCCGAGGGUGCCUUAGGAAAUACAGAUAUGGUGGGAAUACUUUUCAUAAUGACUAUUGAUCCGCGUAUUUCAUCAACAUUAUUCGCCUCUAUUAAGGAGGUUAGUUAUUGCAAGGCAGAAGAAGAAAUUCUCUUCUCCAUGCACACCGUGUUUCGAAUAGGUGCAAUUAAACAAAUGGAUAAUUAUGAUCAACUUUAUGAAGUUGAACUUAAACUGACUGCUGAUGAUGAUGAACAGCUUCGACAACUGACUGAAUGUAUAAGUAAUGAGGCUAGAGGUAGCAUAGGAUGGAGACGAUUGAGUAAGUUAUUACUCAAAACAGGUCAUUUCGAUAAGGCUGAAGAAUUAUAUAAAGCACUACUUGAACAAACAUCGAACGACAGCGAUAAAGGAUAUUAUUAUAAUCAACUUGGAUAUAUCAAAGAUCAGCAAGGUGAAUAUAAGCAGGCGAUUGGGUAUUACAGAAAAGCAGUUGAAAUCUUUGAGGAAAUUUUUCCUACAGAUGAAUCUUCAUUGGCUACUUCAUACAAUAACAUUGGUUUGGUGUAUUCUAACAUGGGAGAGUAUUCGAAAGCACUUUCAUAUUACGAAAAAGCACUUGGAAUUCGAGAAAACAAUCUUCCUGAAAAUCAUCCUGGCUUGGCUAAUUCUUACAACAAAAUUGGUAAUGUGUAUUGUAACAUGGAAGAGUACUCGAAAUCACUUUCAUUUUUCGAAAAAACACAUGAAAUCUUUGAAAAAACUCUCCCUGUAAAUCAUCCUGACUUGGCUACUUCUUAUGGAAACAUCGGUAUGGUGUAUAAUGAGAUGAAAGAAUACUCGAAAGCACUUUUACUUUACGAAAAAGCACUUGGAAUUAAAGAAAAAACUCUUCCUGCAAAUCAUCCUGAUUUGGCUACUUCAUACAACAACAUUGGUAAUGUGUAUAAUCACAUGGGAGACUACUCAAAAGCACAUUCAUAUUACGAAAAAACACGUGAAAUCCUUGAAAAAAUCGUUCCUGCAAAUCUUUCUCACUUGGCUACUUCCUACAACAACCUUGGUAGUCUAUAUAACAACAUGAAAGCGUAUUUAAAAGCACUUUCAUUUUACGAAAAAGCACUUGAUAUUAAAGAAAAAACUCUUCCUUCAAAGCAUCUUGAUUUCGCUCAAUCGUACAACAACAUUGGUAGUGUGUAUUCUAAGAUGGGAGAGUACUCAAAAGCACUUUCAUUUUACGAAAAAGUAGUUGGAAUUCGAGAGAAAGCUCUUCCUCCAAAUCAUCUUUCGUUAACUACUUCCUACAGUAACAUUGGUUUGGUGUAUCGUAACAUGGGAGAGUACUCGAACGCGCUUUCAUUUUACGAAAAAGCACUCGAAAUUCGAGAAAAAACGCUUCCUCCAAAUCAUCCUAAUUUUGCUGAAUCAUACAACAACAUUGGUACUGUGCAUAAUAACAUGGGGGAGUUCUCGAAAGCACUUUUAUUUUACGAGAAAGUAGUUGGAAUUCGAGAGAAAGCUCUUCCUCCAAAUCAUCCUUCGUUGGCCGCUUCCUACAAUAACAUUGGUAGUGUGUAUAAUAACAUGGGGGAGUACUCGAAAGCACUUUUAUUUUACGAAAAAGCACUCGAAAUUCGAGAAAAAACUCUUUCGCAAAAUCACCCUUCAUUGGCUACUUCCUACAAAAACAUUAGUAGUGUGUAUUCUAAGAUGGGAGAAUACUCGAAAGCAGUUUUAUUUUAUGAAAAAGCACUUGAAGUCAAAGAAAUACCUCUUUCGGCAUAUCAUCCUUAUUUGCCUUCUUCCCGCAAGAACGUUGGUUUAGUGCAGCACAAGUUAGGUAACUAUGCGAAAGCAUCUGGAGGGUGUCGGUGA